CAGCCAAUCACUAGCGGAUGGGGGGGACUUGGGCGCGAGGAUUGGCUGGCGGCUCAGCGGCCGCGUGGGGGCGGGGUUUCCGGUUCCGGUGUGAGGGGCUGAGGCACCGCACCGGCGGCGGCGGCGGCGGCGGGAUAAUGAUGGGGCCGAGCGCGGCGGAUGCGGCGGAGCAGGAGGAGCGCUUCGAUGGAUGCUGUUGGCCAUGGCCCCGCAGCCACCAGGGCGGCGUGCUGGAGCUUGUGAACACGUUCUUCAGUUUCCUCAGACGUAAAACUGAUUUCUUCAUAGGAGGAGAAGAGGGAAUAGCAAAAAAGUUAAUCACAGAGACAUUCAACCACCACAACAAGCUGGCUCAGAAAGAGCGGAAGGAGAAAAAAGCCCAGCAAGAGGCAGAACGGCGUGAAAAGGCAGAGCGAGCUGCCAAACUCGCUAAAGAAAAGAAGCAGGAAGAUAAUGAACCAAGGAUCAAGGAGCUUACAGAGGAAGAGGCGGAAAGGUUGCAACAGGAAAUUGACCAGAAAAAAGAGCAAAAACAAGAUGAGCCCAAAGAUGUCUCAGUGAAACCCCGUGAGAAUCAAACAGAAUCUCCAGAGCCCAGCAAACAGGAGACUGAUGAUGAAGAAGAAGAUGAGAAGGAUAAAGGAAAACUUAAACCAAACUCUGGGAAUGGGGCUGACCUUCCAAACUAUAGGUGGACACAGACCCUUUCUGAACUGGAUCUGGCCAUCCCAUUCAAGGUGAGCUUCCGGCUGAAGGGGAAGGAUGUGGUGGUGGACAUUCAGAGACGGCACCUGAAAGUGGGGCUGAAGGGUCACCCCCCAGUGAUUGAAGGAGAUCUAUACAAUGAAGUGAAGGUGGAGGAGAGCUCCUGGCUGAUUGAGGAUGGUAAAAUAGUCACCGUGCACCUGGAGAAGAUCAACAAGAUGGAAUGGUGGAGCAAGCUAGUCCCCACGGACCCAGAAAUCAACACCAAGAAAAUUAACCCAGAGAACUCAAAGUUGUCAGACCUGGACAGUGAAACUCGCAGCAUGGUGGAGAAAAUGAUGUAUGAUCAACGUCAGAAAUCCAUGGGGCUCCCCACAUCUGAUGAACAGAAGAAGCAGGAUAUACUGAAAAAGUUCAUGGAGCAGCAUCCAGAAAUGGACUUUUCAAAGGCUAAAUUCAACUGAGCCCCUUUUUUUCCCCCUCUGCCCCCUUGAGACAUACCAUGGAAUGGGGCAGGAUGUGCAUGGGUCGGGGGGAGGGAAGGGUCAUCUCCUGACCUUGAGUGAGUAAACACUCCUGUCAUCUCCAAGUGAACUUGCCACGGAAGCAGCUUCAUGACUGGCAUCCUCGCUGUUGUCAGUCCAGCACAAUGCAAGGCCCUUGUAUCAGUUUGCAGCUGCAGCGCCUGUCAGACACCAUAGCCAGCUGGCUCACAUUUAUAUAGAUCCCGAGGACCUUGCUUGGCAGAGAGGAGGAAGUAAAGCAAAAAAGGCUAGGCAAGUCAAGCUAAAGCAGUGUUUGAACAUCUCGUGGGACUGUCAUUUUCCUCUUGAGACCCACUAACCCCAGUCCUUGGUUAAGAACCAGUCUAGUUGGAGCCUUUAUGGGCAAAAUUCCAUCUUCUCUUCCCCCCCCCCCCCCACAUAUGUACCUGCUCCAAAGCAAGCUGCACCUGUAAAACUUUUACAGAACACAGCACCCUGGCUAAGACCCACCCCCCUGUGUUUAUCAGUGGAGCAGCUGUGGCGUUUGGGGUCUUGGUCCUACCUUCAGUAAUACAGCACUGCUCACAGUGGGUAAGUCCCUUAACUCUUCCUGCAUGACUGCUCUGCUCUCCUGUAGGAACAGUUGGCUUAUUCUGUAACGCUUUCCUAGCCUUCAUCUGUUUGCCAUGGGGGGAGCUCCUCAAUAAGGCCUGCCUUCACCCUUGGUCUUUGGAGUAGAGGCUAAUGUGCCAGUUAAAUACCAUUUUAUCUACAACAGAGAAGGAUUUUUACUCCUCCCACUCCACACUGGUACAAAUCCAUUUCAGUUAUCAGAGGACAUUGCGCCACUAGUCAUCACACUGCUACUCAAAUUAGUGGGGAAGGGACUUUAUGGCCUUUCUAGCUUGGGGGAGGCCCUAGAGCUGAAUUGUGCCUGGGGAGUGAGGAGGGUUCAGUGGCUGAUUUGCUCACUGCAUGGGAUUGGCUUAGUGCUGUUGUUGGGCUUGGUGAAAAUGGGGCAAGUGGAUCACUACAGAGUUGAGGGGAGAGGUCACUAAAGUGAUGGGUGUGCUGAAAUUCUGCUAUCAGGUGAAGGAGGAGCACCUAGGUCCUCCUGCUGUUGUAAAGGGAGGGAGUGGAUGGUAGGCAGGAGGGAGCCCUCUGGGUAGUGACAGCUCUUGCUGGAAGUUUGAUCUCUCCACCUAUGUCAAGUUAGUGUUUUCCAAGAGGCCUCCUCUCUUUCACCUGUUGAUUGGCCAGCAAGUGUCCCCUACAUUCUCUCCUCUCUGGGGUGCUGCUGACUCGAGUAACUUGUUUUCUGCAUGUUAAUAUCAUUGUUAAAGCUGCACUUGUAAAAUAAAAGAAAUAGGGUGA